AGACGGGUAAAAAAUCAUGAAUGGGCACACAAUCAAGGAAAUUUUGCUCAAAGUUUUGAGACUAUUUAUAUUCGAUUGGAUUUCAAUCAAGAAAAAUUGCUCCCUGUUGCAGCCAGCGACAAGCAGUGAUUGCGUGGGGUAGCCGGAUAGGUGGCCGUCGGAGCUCGCAAGGGGAUGGCCGUCGCAGCUCGCAAGGGGAUGGCCGCCGCCUCAUCAGAUCAGGUCGCCGCCGCCUCAUCAGAUCAGGACGUCAAGUCGCCGCCGCCUCCUAGCAGAUCAGGACGUCGCCGCCCUGUUGUGGAUCCGCUGCCCUGGUCACCGCGCCCAGCUGUGGAUCCGAUGGCUUGGUCGCCGCUGCUCAUCCAUCGGGCUUGGAGAGAGGAGCGCGGAGGAGCAAUAGGAGACGAGAGGGGUUGGGGGAGACGGAGAGUGCGUCGGUAGGGGAGGUGGAGUGGGCGAGAGGCCGUUCCGCGUCGUUCCACCAAAUUGGAGAAACGAGCGCGUUUCGGAUAUUGGUGGAAUAUUCUCUUUCGGGGAACGAGUGGAGUGGGUUCUAGUCCGUUCCUGAUCUAAACGUGAGAACCUGGCCCUGGGACGGGUCGGACCCGUGCCAUUCCGUUCGAUGACUGAAACUUAGUGUUUGCUUUUCCAGUAAUAUAUGCAACAUUAAUUUUAUUUUGAAAGCAUUUUAUUUAAGUAUCAAAACAACAUUUUUUUCAUCACCUACUGUUUGUAUUUUGCUUCACAAUCAUGCCAAAUAAAAUGACAUCAAUAAUCUAUACACAAUCUAUUUACAAACAAACACGGAAAGGAUUCUCAAUAAAUGGUGGGGUAUGCACAAAUUGCAAAGGCGUGAACAAGCACAAAUCGCAAGAGGGAGCAGGAGCACGAUGGAGCAGAGUCUGAUUCAGUUUGGCGUAGCCGCCGCAUGCCAAUUCCUCUGUAGUACAAGAUGUGUGUACGCCGCUGCUGCAGGUGAGGCCACCACUCGGCCAGCCACGAGCCACGGCCACAGCCCAGGUCGUUGCGGCUCCUUCCACUGCCGCCGCCCACCAGAACUGGUCGCUACUGCACUCCUCCUUAGCCGCUGCCGCUGCGCAGAUGUGCCUGCUACAGGAUGGCCGCUGCUCCACUCCUCCUUAGCCGCCGCCGCCGCCGCCGCACAGCAAGCAGCUUCUGCCACUCAGAUGUGCCUGCGACGGGACGACCGCUCCUCCUUCCUUUGCCUGAAUGUGUCCGCGGCAAGAUGGCCUCUCCUCCUUCUAGCGCUGGUAGAGAUGAAGAUGGCCGGCUGUGCGGGGGAAAGACGAGCAGGAGGCGAGACGACGGGGACGAGACGGACAGCCGACGCCGGAGAGGGAGAGAGGUGGGAGUCGGGGCCGGGGGAGUGGCGGCGUUGAGAGUUGAAGGGUGUGUGCGAGUCAGGGGAGGAGAAAGAGACGCCCUUUCCGCGUGGUCCGGCCGAUUUGGAGGUAUCGCUCGGUUCCGGAUUUACAAGGUAUAUCCGUUCGAUGGGAACGAGUGGGUUCCAUUCCAUCUGUAUACCAAACGCUGGAACAAGGUCUAGGAACGGGUCCGACCCAUACCGUUCCACUCCGUGACUGAAACUAAACACACCCUUAGUUCAACUAAAGCCAUGACACUUAUUUUGGGACGGAGGGAGUAGUCUUUUUGGAAGCAGCUGUAGGAGAUGUUGGCUCUUGGUGUUAGUGCUUCCUAUUGAGGGCCCAGGGUCAAGUCACCUGGCUUUAGCUUAAUCUAUUUUUUGAUUAUGGUUUGUUAUAAGAAUAAUUUUGGUUUGCUCAUAUGCAGACUCAUAGUGAUCCAUUUUUUUUGCUUUAACUAACUAAUAUAGAUGUAUUCACUCAACUAUGAAAAAUGUCCGGAAGUGGAUUCUCCUUUAGUUGAAUAAGAGGUAAUGAUUUGGAGCCAUUGGUCAUAUUGGAAAUACCUACUGGACUGCAGGAUGAAAUGCGCAGGGCUCACAUCCGUACAGGUUAUCUGCUAAGGAGAGAUGCCCACUUUACUAAACGUCGAACUCCCACAUGGAGGAGGGUUGGCAUCAUUUAAAUUUAAGUAAGUAAACUUAGGUGCAUCCAUUCAUUUUUAUGCUAGUAAUUUUAUUGAGACAAUGGAGAAGCACUUGCUGCUAGUGAUGUUAUGGAGACAAAGAAGCCCUAGUUUUGUACCGUGUGUAUUUUGGAUUUUCAUGCUUUGCACCAUGGCCAUAAAUUAUGUGUUUGCUGUGGAUGGCAGCUUAAAUUUCUUAGUUCAUUGUUGCAUUUUGGUCCUGUGGGUAAUUCUUUGUGCCAAGCACCACCAGGAGGUUUACUAGCAGCUAGUUGGUGUUUCUUCCUUCUGUAACUGAGCUGCCUCUUCUUUAGUUUGGCUAAAACGGAGUGUUUAUUACUCCCUCCGUUCCUAAAUAUAAUUCUUUUUAUAGAUUUCAAUAUGGAUUAGCUACAGUUGGAUACAUGGUCUGAAUCUUAGCAGAAUGAGUGAAUCUACACUCUAAAAUAUGUCUAUAUAUAUCUGUAUAUAGUCCAUAUCGAAAUUUCUGAAAGGACAUAUAUUUAGAAACAGAGGGAGUACUUUGGCUAUUGUGAUUGUGAAUGUAGGAACCAAACAGUUGGAUACAUGGUCUGAAUCUUAGCAGAGACUGCAGGUUCUUAAUUACUCCCCCCUAGUAUUCUUGUUUGUUCAAAAUGCUGCACAUAAUCUGCUAGCCUUUUGGGGCAGAUUACUUCCAACUGACCACAUAAUCUAUACUUGAUUAUUGGGUGUUCAUCUGGAGAAGGAUAUCAUUGAAGUUUAGUGACGGAUAGUGUUGUUAGGCCUUUGAUGGAGGGUAUAGUUUAGAUAUUGGAGUGUCAAGAGGGUGUUACUUGUAAGAGUGUGCUGCUGUAAAAUAUCUGUACAGAGAAAGGAAAGGGUGAAUUUCCAGAGAAAUCUCCUGUCCAUUCCUCUCGCGAGUUACUGUAGCUCAGGCAAUCCUCCAGUGAAAACAACAUGGCAUCGGAGCAGGUUGGCGUUCCGGCGGCGGCGGCUGGGCCUGGCGGGGUCAGGAGAGAGAGGAGGCUGCUUGUGCGCGUGCGGCGGCGAGGCGGCAGUUCUGAGCGCGGGCUGCUGGAGAGGGGAGCAGCUGCGAGCGCGCGGCUGCGGGGACGAAGAGGAGGCGUGGUAGCGCGCGGCUGCACCAGGGGACUCACGCAGCGGAGCUGGAGAAGAAGGCUGUGGGCAGGUUGUGUUCUGCUGCGGGCUAGGUGCUGCUGGACUGCUGUUUCUGCUGUCUGAAGGAGUGUGUUUUGCUGUUGCUGCUGAGAAGUGCUCUGCUAUUCUGCUGCUACUGCUACUGCUGUGCUGCUGGAACUGCUGUCUGAAGGAGCGAUUUCUUGCUGGAUUGAGUAGGUGUUGUGUUACUUGUCUGUUUGCCUGUGCGGAGAAGAGAAGAUACGUGUGUAGUAUUGCAGGGUGGAGUAUUUGUGUGGUCCUUGCAGCAAGGGGGAGCUCAUCAGGUGAUUCAGAGUGAUGGGUGAAAAAUCAAGUGCCUCUACUAUGUUGUGUGUUGGUGAACUUGCAGCACUGCUACAAGAUAAAAAUUAUAAGAUUCUGGAUAAAAUGAUGGGCAAGCAAGGGAAGAGGUCAAGGUCAGUGAACACAGAAGAGAAAAUUUGUUUCUGGUGUGGACAGUCAGGACAUGUGAGGGCAUCUUGUCCUGAACUGAUCCGAGAAGGUUGUGGAGAUGGACAUAACAGGUAUAACAGAGGUCGUGGUCAUGGUUUCGGUAUGUGUGAUGGUGUUGCAAAAUCUUGGCAGAGAAAUGGGGAUUGGCUGUGUCCAAAUGCAAACUGUGGAAAUGUAAAUUUUGCUUUCCGCAGAAUCUGUAAUCUUUGUCGAGUUACACGACUAACUGGUGAUAGUGGAACCACAUAGCUUGUGAGCGUGAGGAUGACUGCAGGAGAUAUGGUGAAGUGGCAGUGGUUUAAAAAGAUGAGUUCAAGUGAAAACUCUUCAAAAGAAGCACCUGUUUCUGCUGUUUCUGCUGGUCCCUGGACUAAUACUUCUAAAGCGGUAAGUUGUGAUCGACCAUGGUUAAUUGAUUCUGGUGCAUCAAGACAUAUGGUGGGAUCCUAUGAGGACUUCUUAAAAUAUGCACCUAAUGUGAUGGGGCAGGAUGUGAAGUUGGCAGAUGGCUCUUCCCAAGCUAUUAUGGGAUCAGGGACUGUCAUAUGUGGACCUAAUAUGUCUCUGUCAUCUGUUUUACAUGUUUCCUCAUUCCCAAUUAACCUAUUAUCUAUCAGUUGUAUUACAAAGUAACUUAAUUGUGCUGCAGUUUUCUUCCCAACUUGGUGUUUGUUUCUGCAACUUGGGACUUGGAAAAUCCUUGGGACAGGAAUUAUGCGAGAUGGUCUAUACUACUUGGAUGAUGAUAUGACACCUAUGGCUACUGCUGUGCUGUCUCGGCCACCAUUGGAAGAAUUUCUUCUUCAUCAUCGCAGGCUGGGACACAUGUCCUUUAACACCCUGGGCCUGGACAACGAGACAGGGGGAGAUGACAGCAGAGAAGACAAUGAUGUAGCACCAGAUAAGAUGAUAGUUGGGGUUAUACCUAUUGAAGAUGUGCAAGACAAUGCAGUGCGAGAACAUGAACAGAGGGAACAACAAAGUGACUCUAAUGGAUCAUUGCAAUGGCCAAAACUGAAUGAGGAACGAGAAGUUCAAGUGUUUACAUGGAGGAAUAGAUGGCCAAAACCGAAUGAGGAACGAAAAGUUCAAGUGUUUACAAGGAGGCAUAGAAUUGAGAAGGAGCAAGUGCAGAGGCAAGAACCUAACCCACUGGAGUGUGGUACAGAAACUCAAGAGCUUACUGAUAUACAUGAUUUAGAUGAUGGUACGCUUCCUCAUUCUCUUCCACAUGAGGAUUUAGAUGCUCCUAUUGCUCUUAGGAAGCAGCCGCACUACUGCUAGAAAAUUACCAUCAAAGCUAUCUCCAUAUGAUGUCUCAAAUUAUGUGUCAUAUGCAUCCUUGGGUUCCAAGUAUAAGUCAUUCGUUGCAGCUUUAGAUUCUAUAGAUCCUAUACCACAUGACUGGCGAGUAGCAAUAAAGGACCCAAGAUGGAGAAUGGCAAUGUUUGAAGAGAUGGAAGCACUUGACAAAAAUAAUACUUGGAUUCUCACCACUCUUCCUAUAGGGAAAAAGACUGUGGGUUGUAAAUGGGUAUUCACAGUAAAACAAACUCCAAAAGGUAAAGUGGAGAGGUAUAAGGCCAGGUUAGUAGCAAAGGGAUAUAGCCAAACCUAUGGAGUAGAUUAUGAUGAAACGUUUGCCCCAGUAGCAAAAAUGAACACCAUCAGAACAAUAAUCUCAAUUGCAGCAAACCGUAAUUGGAAAUUGUUUCAGAUGGAUGUUAAAAAUGCGUUCCUCCAUGGAGACUUGCAGGAAGAGGUGUAUAUGGAGAUUCCUCCAGGAUUCAAUAGCCGUGAGACUGAAGGCAAGGUUUGUAAACUAAAAAAAUCCCUCUAUGGUCUAAAACAAUCACCUCAAGCAUGGUUUGGAAGGUUUAGAUAAGGAAUGUGCUCCUUGGGAUAUCAACAGAGCAAUGCUGAUCACACUCUCUUCUUUAAACAUCAUCAUGAUAAGAUUACUAUACUGACUGUAUAUGUUGAUGAUAUAGUAAUCACAGGGGAUGAUGUUGAGGAGAUAUCAUACUUGAAGAAGAUGAUGGCUAAAAUAUUUGAAGUUAAAGACUUGGGCUAUCUUCAUUAUUUUCUGGGGAUUGAAGUUGUUUAUGGGGCACAAGGUAUUUACCUCUCUCAAAGGAAGUAUGUACUUGAUCUUCUUAAUGAAACAGGUAUGUUAGGAUGCAAACCAGCGGCCACACCUAUUGAGCCCGUAGACAAAUACCAAUAUCAGAGGUUAGUUGGCCGUUUAAUCUAUUUAUCGCACUCAAGGCCAGAUAUUGCAUAUGCAGUUAGUGUUGUAAGCCGUUAUAUGCAUGAUCCUCGUUCAGGCCAUCUAGAAGUGGUAAAUCGAAUUUUGAGAUAUCUAAAAGGCUGUCCAGGGAAGGGAAUCUUAUUUUCUAAUCAUGGACAUUUGAAGGUAGAGGGAUAUGCUGAUGCAGAUUGGGUUGGAUGUCUAGAUGAUAGACGAUCUACAUCAGGUUAUUGUGUGUUUGUUGGGGAUAAUCUAGUUUGUUGGAGAAGUAAAAAGCAAAAUGUGGUGGCACGAUCUACUGCUGAGGCAAAAUUCAGGUCUAUGGCUUCUGGUUUAUGUGAACUGAUGUGGUUGAGGAUAUUACUAUCUGAGCUCGGUCUAUUUGAUGGAGGACCACUACAACUCUAUUGUGAUAACCAAGCUACAAUCAAUAUAGUGCACAAUCCAGUUCAGCAUGAUAGAACUAAGCAUGUUGAAAUUGAUAGACAUUUCAUUAGAGAGAAGUUAGAUGAGGGGAGCCUUCGUGUUACUUUUGUUAGAUCUGAUAGUCAAUUGGCAGAUGUACUUACAAAAGGUGUUAGUGUUGUGUCUUUUGAGAAAGUAUGUAGCAAGAUGGGGCUAAUAGACUUAUUUGCCCCAUCUUGAGGGGGAGUGUUGUUAGGCCUUUGAUGGAGGGUAUAGUUUAGAUAUUGGAGUGUCAAGAGGGUGUUACUUGUAAGAGUGUGCUACUGUAAAAUAUAUGUACAGAGAAAGGAAAGGGUGAACUUCCAGAGAAAUCUCCUGUCCAUUCCUCUCGCGAGUUACUGUAGCUUAGGCAAUCCUCCAGUGAAAACAACAGAUAGUGUACCUAUGAUUUUCGUAAGGGAAAAUUUAAGUCGUAACAGGAAAAGGAAAACAACCAGAUGGGAUGCCAUGUAGUAUUGAAUCUUGCAAAAGUUCAAACAUAGGAAUAUUAUGUACCUCAGUUUACGAGCCAACCUGUGCGAGGAUGGUGCACAUUUGUUUGUUCAUGACUUGAGGCUGUAGAAGUUGGAAGAUCUCAGUUGUGUGCUUGCAGUAAGGCAAAGGAUAAGUCCAUGCUAUACUGGCCAAGAGAUGUGAUUUAAAGAUCAGCUAUGUGUCCCUUUCUCUGGUGCUUGUUGAAAUUAUAGAAACAAUAUGAAUGAAAUGCAGGCGAGGGGAACAUGUUGAUCAGUAAAGCGGCUUACCACCAGGUGAAGAUGUGUGGAAACUGGAUGUCGAUGGUGCUUUUUUCUUCUUCCAGGAAACGAGAUGAAACAUGUAGGCAAUGGCUUUGCUGUAUUAUACAUGAUUCCAAAGGCUCUGUUAGUUGAUGAUGCCCUGAAGCUUCAGUGACAAGUAUGGCCUGAUGAUGGCAUGAGUUUUAUUCAGGGAAGCUCCUACUUUUCUCUUUUCUGAAUUUUGCAAGGUAAGUAAUCCUUCUAGUAUUGUACUGCUAUUGAUGUGAAUAAACUAGCAUCUGGUGCUUUAAUCAUUUUUUGCAUUUUGUUGGAUCUUCACUUGGAUGCAAGCAGUUUGUAAGUGUCACACAUGCAUGUAAACAGUAUGCAUUAUGCAAAUUUUGUACACUGAACUCUGAAUUUGAAUCAGGAGCUGAACGUUAACUCUGAAUCUUUCAGACUCCAUGUGUGAACUCUGAAACUUAUUCAUACCCAAUUCAAGUCUGAAGCUAUAGUAAGCAGUUAAAAAUCUUUCAGGAGCCAAGUUAGCUCGAAUUACAGCAGGAAAUUAACAGCAAUGCGGCCAGAAGCUAAUAGGCUAAACUUUUAGUACGAUUCACUUCAACAUUUAUACUCAGAAGAGUAUCAACAUUUUCCAUUAUCAUAGCAGCAUCUGUAUGACAAGAGUUCUUAUGUUUCAGAACAUUGGUACUGGGCUUCGCUAGUUAUGAUGAGAAAUCACCUUCUUAUAUCUUAAAUACAUCAGUGAAAUGCAUAUUUUCAUAGAGGUUCACCAAAAGCAAAAUGUCAUUUUUAUAGUGUGAUAAAUCCGUUUUACCUUACAGUGCGAAGCGUAUGUUUAGUAUCUAAAAAAUGUAUUGAAGGCAUGUGAUGAAUUCCAAGUGCAAAGGCUAGCUGAUUUGCAUCAUUCUUAUUUCUGGAAUGAACUUAACUAAUGAGCUUACUACAUGAAGGCAAUGUGCUUACUGCAUGAAGAUAAAUAAACUUAACUAGUGAACUUACUGCAUGAAGGCAAUGUGCUGACAGUUGAUGAUUACAGCCCCUGAAUCAAUCCCAAAAUUUAUAACAAUUAUCUGUUCAGGAGCAGAGAUGGAAAAAACUCACGGAAGAGGCCAUGAUGAGCAUGAUGAGACCACCCCGACUGUGAGGACGACCAGGAUAGCAGCAUCAGAUGAGGGAUUGUGUAGUACUGCCUUUGUUUUGAGAGCAAACUCAGCAAGGUUGUAUAACAACUGAACUUUACACAAAAAGGAGAGCCUUAUAAUCAGAGAUUCAUUCAAGAAAUGGACAUGACUAUAAAUUGAUGAGUCUAAUAAACAGGGGCUGGGUUUGAAUUGAACAUAGACAGGUAAGACAGGUAUGGUUCCCGUACGGGGAUUCAGUUCAACUAAAUAAUUAGAGAGAAGCCCUUCAAAAAAAUUAGAGAGAAGAGCGGCAGAAGAUAGUCCCAACUACAAAUGCAUCAAAGUGCUCGUUCGUUCCUUUGGUCGUUGCUAGGUUUUGAACUUUCAUUCCUUGCUGACACAGUUUUGAACCUUUUUCAUCCUCAUGUCAUGUUGAUACCGGAUGUUGGGACGGAGAAAUUGUGAGAUCAGGCAAUUCUUCGAUGCAUUAAAAAUUAUUAUUUUCAGUUUAGUAGGUGGUUCCUUGCAAGAAAAUGUUAGUAUUUUCACUAGCAGAUGAUGAAGUUGUUAUUUCUCAGCUGUCCCUGCAAAUGAUAAAAGUGGCAUAGCUUUCCUCGUCAAUAUCAGGAAAUCAGUAGACAAAUGUGUCCUGUCUAGUUAUCAGCCUCUAACUUGGAAUCAUUUCUGUUUGCGCACGAACCCAUGUUAUAGUUGAAUAGAUAAUUAGAGGCAACUUGGUAUGGUUGCUCCUUGUCUGGUACUUGAUCACCGUGCAGAAGGAAAAAUGCAUCACACCUGUGGUACAUCACAUAUCAGUAGAAUUCCAGAGGGAUGGUUCAUAGCUUUCUUCAUAAUUACCAAGUUUUUCUUCUUCUUUAUAUUAGAGCAAGCAUGGCAUCAACUUGGCUACCAUGAUUCACGGGGCAUAGCCAUUCGGUGUGGUAACUAGAGAAACUGGCACCUAUAUCUACAGAUUGCCUGGUUACCCCUGUUUCUUUUUAUGGUGUUGAGCUUGUUUAGAGGGCUGGCUUUUCUUCCCUGAAAGGCAGAAAAGCCAGACAUGGCAGGGAUGUCUAAUCCAUCGCGACGUGGUGCUUUCUUUUUCCAGGAGGUAAAGGUGGGCUGAAACUGGAUGCAGACGCAUGGUGUGCUUUCUUCUCCCUGAAGACGAAGCAUGGUACGUACCGGCUUAGGUGAUUCUGAAGGAGGAUCAACAGAUUUUGAGCUGCGAAGAUGGUCUAGUUUCUCAUGGAAAGGAUGAUCUGGAUGGUGGUUUUGUCACUGAUUCAGUUGGUGCUUCGCUGUUGCCGCGUCUUGCUUGACACCAGGUUAGAGCUUGCACUCAUGUAUCGUGUGUAAACAAUAACCUGAAAUACAUUCUGGAACUUGCAAGACCCUAUCCACGGUGGUUGGUGUCAAGACCUUGUCUGAAACUUGUGAAGAAAAGCAAGAGUUCUCAACUGAACAACCGGACACUUUUACUGUCAUGUACCUUGAGCUUCAUCCUCUUUGUACCCUAGAGCCAUACUCCCUCGUUCGAGUUAUUUACCUAAAAUCACCACACUUGGGCUAGGGUAACUGGUCCGUACCAGAUUUGCGCCAAGUCACAAAAAACCACCAACUGUGAGCCUAAUCGGUAACGCGGAGCAUUGACGGGCCAUUUUGGCCACGAAAACAGCAAAACCGACAGGUGAAACCCACCUGUCGGGCCAACGUGGCGCGGGCUGACGGACGCCGUUAGACGGAGGGGGACGGCCGUUUCCAUGCCCGCUUAUUAGGUCACUCACCCGUUGUUUCCCUGUCCAAUCCCCGAUUCAGUUUCCUCCCGCGCGUUCCUCCCGCUCUACUCAUGGCGACCAGCUCUGGCGGUGGCGAUGACGGAGAAGGAAUCGACGGCUCCGGCGUCGGUGGCCAUUCUAACAGUGGCCGCCGCCCGCAAUGCGACCCCGAUGGCAAGUGGGUCCCCAACCCCAAUGGCGAUUUGGACUCGACGGCGGCUUGGGGUAAAGUUGUCCUGCUGUCGCCGUCCCAAUAUGUGGAGGAGGCAGAGAAGGCAACUGCGGAGGCAGAGAAGGCGGCGGCGGCGGCUGAUUCGUUGAGGGAGGAAGUACUCCCCUUGCAUCCUUCUGAAUCCAGGCCUGAGGAGCCAUGGUCAUUAUAUUUUCAAUUUCCUUCUAAAGAUGCUGCCAGAAAGUAUGCCCUUGUGAAGAUGUAUGAGAGAGACAUCACUUAUGGUAGUUUGCUUAAUGUGAUGGUCAGAAAUGGAUAUGGAAGUGAGGACAGUAUUUGCUACCCGAGGAAGGAUGGCAUAGGGAUGCAAGGGAUAUCUGUCAUCACAAACAACACUGAAGUGGAUGAUAUGAUAAAUCAAUUUAAAACCAGUCAGACAUUGUGUUUGUAUGUUAAAGAGGGGAACUUAAAUAGGAAGCAAGCACCAGUAGAACCUAAAGAAGUGGACCCAGCUGAAACACUUGUAGAUUUGACAGUGGACCAACUUGUUGUUUUUGCUGUUAUUGAGUCAGGUGUUGUGCACAAAACAACAGAUCAUUAUGGUGGCUCAUCAUAUGUUCUUGCUACACAAGAAAGUGUGAACUAUAUGCCAAUAAAAACAAUUCCUCCACCUGCCAGCUUAACUAUGGCAAGACUAAAUUUGAACUUAUGUAAUGCUAUGUUGAACCUAUGUGUGGCACUAAGAACUACUGCUGUGUAAUGCCAUGUUGAACCUAUGUAUGGAUGUUGGUUUUAUGCUAUGAGG